GGAGUAUUAAGAUAUAUUUAGGAAAUCUUUUGGGAAUAUCAUAUAUUUAGGAGAAUAUUGUUUUGAUGGGAUAUUCAUUGUUCCCUAUUUUCUAACUUUCCUAGUUUAUCUAGAAUUAAGAUUCUUGAGAGCCGUGUAUUAUAUAUAGACAAUAUAGUAAGGCAAGCCAAAGUUCACCUCUUUACAAAUUUACUAUUUUUACUAGAUAAUUCAUGUUUAUCAUGAAGAAAACUUAUAUUUUCUCGUUAUUUUUCUUUAUUUGGCCUUUGGUGUUUUUUUUUUUUUUUUUUUUUUUUGUAAGUUUCUCUGUUUUGGUUUGGGGCAUAGCCAAACAAAAAAAUGGUUCUUUUCACUUGAAACAAUCCCUACCACCACAAAACUCCCCACCACCACCUUCACAAAUCACGACAUCACCUGCUCCGCAGCUCGCCACCCCACUUCCCGUGAACAUUCAAUUAAUUCCCGCAAUUGGGUAAAGCAUAAACAAACAACUUAAUGGAAGAAAGUUCUAAUCAAACUGGGAAUUUCCAUCAUUUUGAGAAUUUGUUUUAUGAGGAAGGUGAGAAUGAGGAGGAUGCCGUAGCGGUGGCGGAAUCCGAGGAGGAGGCGGAAGCGGAGGCGGAGGCGGAGGCCGAGGCGUGUGAGGGUCAGACUACUGUCGUAGAUGAUGAAACUGAUUGUAGGAAUAAUGGGUUUAGUAGUGUAGUUCCUCCGCCAUCAGUUGGCAUGGUAUUUCCCACUUGGAAAGAUGUUGAUGUGUACUAUAAACGAUACGGGAGGCAGGAAGGGUUUCGUGUUGUUGGUUCCUCCGGUGCUUACAAGCAACAAGGAGGACAGACGACUAGAGAGAGGAGGAAUUAUAGUUGGAAGUGUGAGUGUAAUGGUAAGGUUGAUCGUAGGCGGAGGGUUAAUGGUAAAAGAAUCCUCGUAGGGGAGGAUGCUAUUCACUUCGCCUCUAGGAAGUCGAAGAAAUGUGACUGCCCGGCUAUGAUGUAUGCUACUGUGAGUAAGGAGGGGGAGUGGGAAAUUAAGAAGGCUGUGGUUGAGCAUAACCACAGUCUAUAACCCUGCCAAGAUGAUGAAUUGCCAAAACAUGUGGAAAAUAAGCCUUUGAUUGACCAUGCUUUGGGGGUGAACAUACCCCAAAUUCAUAGUAGCUUGGGUAUAAAUGGGCUUGAGAACAUGGCAAGUACGCAUAUGGAUUUUUGUAAUGUCAUCGAUCAAGAGAGGAGAUUGAAGUUAAGGGAUGGUGAUGCAAAUGCCAUGUUGAAAUUUUUCAGUAUAAUGGCUGCGGAUAACCAGAAUUUUUUUUCAUAUGUAUAGGCUUGAUCAAUUUGGUGUGUUGAAGGAUGUUAUGUGGGUUGAUGCACGAAGUAGGGUAGCUUAUGAGGAGUUUGGCGAUGUUGUCUGGUUUGAUUCAACAUAUCUCACCAAUGAGUACGAGUUGCCAUUUGUGACUUUCAUCGGUGUUAAUCAUCAUGGACAAUCUAUAUUGCUUGGUUGUGCAUUGAUAUCUAAUGGAAAUGUGGAGACGCUUCAGUGGUUAUUCAGUACAUGGUUAUUAUGUAUGGGUGGGAAAGCCCCUAAUGGUAUCUUGACUGACCAAGAUGUUGCAAUGAGGAAGGCCCUCUCAGUGGUAAUGCCACAAUCUCAACAUCGUUGGUGUUUGUGGCACAUACUCAAGAGGUUCACUGAGAAUCUAGGAACUUAUAUAAGGUAUAAAGAUUUUAAGGAGGUUUUACAUAAUGCUAUAUAUGAUAGUUUGACGCCUGAAGAAUUUGAGGGUAGUUGGAGUUCUGCAGUGAAGGAUUUUGGACUCGAAAGCAAUGAUUGGCUUGCUGGAUUGUUUAAAGAGAGGGAAAUGUGGGUACCAGCCUAUAUGAAACAAUUUUUUUGGGCUGGCAUGAAAAUAACUCAACGCAUUGGAAGUGUUAACAGUUUCUUUGAUGGGGUACUUGCAAAAGCACACCCGAUUGUUUGAGUUUGCACCACAAUAUUGUGAAGUUAUGGAAUCAAGGGUGAAUGAUGAAAGUGAAGAUGAUGCAAACACCAGUCGCUAUGUAAGGCAAAUUAUUACUAAGUUUCCUGUUGAAGGUGUGUUCCAAAAAUUGUACACAGAUGCAAAGUUCAAGGAAGUCCAAUUAGAGUGUACAAGGGUGUUAUAUAUUAAUGGUGUAGAAAAGAAGGUUGUAUCAGACCAUGUUGUGGAGUACACACUAGAAGAUAGAGUUUGGGUGCUAUGCCUGUCCACGAGGAAGGAAAUUCCUACCAAGAAGCGGUGUACUUACAAGGUUGUGUUCAAUCUCGAAUGUAAUAAAGCUUGGUGUGACUGCAAACUCUUUGAAUGCCAUGGAAUAAUGUGUAGGCAUCUCAUUAAGGUUUUUGACAUCUAUGAUAUAACUGAGGUCCCUGAGAUGUACAUUUUGAGGUGAUGGAGAAAGGACUACAAAGGAGGCAUACUCAAGUAAAAGUUGCUUAUCACAAUCCUUGUAAAACCAAAGAGGUGCAAAGGUAUGAUAGAAUGAUGGCCGCCUUUGAAUCCAUUUGUCUAAAAGCAUCUGCAUCUGAGAACAACCUAAAUAUUGCUAUGGAGUUGAUCCAAUUGAUGGACAUCCGUUUAGAUGAGAUCAAUGUCAUGGCAGGAAGGACCCAAAAUGGUGAUUCACUGACCCGAACUCCAUCAUGUGUGGGAAAUAAUAGGUUUUCAAACAUUAAAAAUGCAGCUUCUGGAAGUAAAGGUUUUGAAAGUUGCACCAAACGGAAGGAGGUGUCACCCCCUACUGAACAAGAGAGCUAUACCCAGGAUCUUUCAUCAAGUAGUACACAACAUGUCAAGAAUCCAGUAGCUUGGAAGAAAGCAAAUAACACUUGUGAGGUUUCCGCAAACUUGCAGCCAUCAACUGAUAUGGCUAUGGUAGACCAGCCACUCAUUGGCAAGCUUAUCCCCAAUCUGUUCAUGGAUAGUAGACAGGUGGGUUCAACCUAUCACAAUACGGUUGGAGGUGAAGCCAACCUAAUCUUCAGGAAUGCUAUGUAGAUUAAAGGAACUGAGUUACUUCACAAGGAGUAAAGAACUUUUUGGGAUUAGUCAGGGUUCGAUUUCCCAUUGUAACCAUUACUGUGGUUGUGUAUAAUGUGUCUGAUGGUUUUGAUAAGGCUAAUGAGGCUUUGGUAAUGUAUAUUUAGGGCUGUUUGUAUGCUUAUGUCUGUAGUUGCUGUAGUGUGCCUUGGGCGUAUGGUAGUGUUGGUAACACUUUUUGUCCAGAGUACUAGUGAGUUAAGUGGAGCACAGUAAUAUAGUACACCUUAGUGUCAAAAGAAUGGGCCAAAUACCAGCAUAAAUUAAGUGGAUCAAAUGGCAAAAUUAGACAUCAUGUAAUAUCAAGGUGGCCCUUGGAAUGUACGGGAAUUUGGGUGUAACCGCUGUUGCUUUACUACCAACUGGUGUUUAUGUCAACA